GGUCGCGUCUCCACAGUCCGCUGGUGUGACACCGGCGCGUCGCGGUGCCGGUGUGGAGGCGUCAUCCUGCUUUUGCGCAAACUUACAGCUGAAACUUACGUGAACUCCGCGAACUCCUCUGCGGGUCGUUGGACGCCACCUCGACAUGGAGCCUCCGGACGUCGAAGCCAUGAACUUCACGGUGGCGCAGGCGGCGCCGUCGUACCCGCUGUGCGCGCAGUGGCGCGGCGGCGCGGAGGGCUCCGUGUUCCACCUGGCGCACAUCCUCCUCGUGCUGGGCUUCAUGGGCGGCAGCGGCUUCUACGGACUCCUCCACCUGUUCACGCUGCUCACGCUGGGCUUCUUCUGCGCCACGCUGUGGGCCUGGUCGGACGCGUGCACCACGGACUCGUUCCUGUGGAGCUUCGCGCUCUUCGGCGCGAGCCUGGCGCAGGUGGUGCACGUGGCCUACCGGCUGCGCAGCGUGUCGUUCGAGCGGGACUUCCAGGACCUGUACCAGACCAUGUUCCACAAGCUCGGCGUGUCGCGCACGCAGUUCGCGAAGAUCGUGGCGUGUUGUGAAGGAGACGUGCACAGCCUGGAGACCAACCACUGCUUCGCCGUCGAGGGGAAAACCGCCAUCGACAAGCUGUCGGUGCUUCUGUCCGGCAGAGUGUGCGUGACGGUAAAUGGAGAGUUUCUGCAUCACAUCUACCCGUUCCAGUUUCUGGACUCUCCAGAGUGGGACUCUCUCAGACCAGCGGAGGAGGGCGUCUUCCAGGUGACCCUGCGUGCCGACAACCCCUGCCGCUACGUGGCGUGGAGGAGGAAGAAACUCUAUCUGCUUUUCGCGAAGCACCGCUACAUCGCCAAGAUCUUUGCGCUGGUCGUGCGCAACGACAUCGCGGAGAAGCUGUACUCGCUGAACGACAAGGCGUUCAGCGGGUCCAGCCACCGCUACGACCUCCGCUUACCGAGUUUCUGUCACAUGCCAGGGACCGAAUUAGAAAAGGCAGAUGGCCUCCUGCAAGUGCCGGUGCAGGGUGGAAGGACCGCCUGAACACACACACACACACACACACACUCUGCUGCGGGCCUUUGACACUGACUCACUGUGUGUAUGAAUGUAAUGUAAAUAUAGCACCAAGUUGGGGAAAGUAGGUCUUGAGUGCAGCUCAUCUCAUAUCUGCCCCAUCAUUAAAUCUCAAUGUGCAAAGGAGGAUCACUUUGUGUCGAGGGACUGUUGGACACGUCAGAACAGGGUCACAUGACUGACAGACCCGUUAGAUCCGUAGGCUACAUUACGCCAGCGAUGUCAAAAAUACACACCAUCCCACCAGGGGGACACUUUGAACGACACUCAAUCGCCACAUCACCUUGACGUAUGAAACGUUUUUUGGAGGCUCCAACUCUCCAGAUUGCAUCUGUAAAGAAUAUUAGCAUCAACAUAUAACAUACUGUAUAAUGAUGUCGACACAGAAUGUCCCCCAAUAACUUCAGUCUCUACCAUGUUUGUGUAACGUUUUGGUUGUAAUCGUUGACUGUAUUUGUAAAAACGGACGUAGUCACCGAGUUAGGAAAAUGACACCAAUACGAAGUGUCUGACGCCUGUAUUCUCUGGAACGACCAGCAGAGGGCGAUUCGACUAACUUGAUUUAUUACAUCAGUAUAAAUCAGAUGAUUGAGGAGUUUAUGGUUCAGUCACUAGUUUCAAGUCUUGACUGAGGUGCUGAUUCAUCUCUCGGCGUCCUGAUCGGAGUUUCUAUGUAUGUUUGUGUGUAUGGAAAUAGUUGUAGGCAUGUGACACUUAUGGUGAAAUGGAAUAUAGUUAAAAGCAGCUACUCGUUGGAUGUAUCAGACGUUAUGAAGUGAAAUGAAUAGAUGUCUGCGGAUGUAUCCACCGUAACAGAUUCUGUAAUGUGCAAUAUUAACGGAUUAGAUCAGUGACUCCUCUCGAUGGGACAUUGUGCAAAAUGUAAAUAGGCGAAUUGUGUCUGUUUGAAUGUUGUAUGUUAAAAUAAAUUAUGCUUUAUUUUA